AACCAAAACAAACCAAUAAAAAACAUUUCGAAACACGUGCAUACAAAUUUAUUAAUUUAUCCGAUAAAUACUAAAGGAACACUAAAAUUGUUCACAAAAAAUGCCUGAAAUUGAAGGCUACAAAGUGGUCCCCUUGAGGGUGACUCCGGAUAGUGAACACUGCCACAGCAUUUACAUGAAGGAACACUUUAUCCGUCUCAUGGAUCCCAACAAACCGAAAGGACGCACACUCUUUUUAUUGAAUGUGCCGCCUUAUGUUACCGAGAGUAGUUUAGAAACAUUCUUCCAAAAUAUUGGGCCAGUGGUUUCUGUGACAUUUGCCCAAAAGGCUGGCCGCGACGAAGAUCACAAAUGGCAACAGAAAAUAACAGAAUUCAGCAACAUUGAGACACCGUUCUCUUUCAAAGUAGCCUAUAUUGUAUUCAAGAAUACGAACAGUGUCAGCAGAUCUUUGGAAGUUCGUAGCAUCGACCUUUUUAGCCCUACCUCUAAGGAAUCCUACAUUGUGAGUGGAAUGCAACUGUGGCAUACGCAAUACAUGAAUCGAAUUUUAGAUGUUGAAAAGACACAGGCUUAUAUAGAUGAGUAUAUGGCCGCUUACGACGAAAAGGAGAGAGAGGCGGUUGAAGCGGCAAAAACUUCUGAGGCCGAUGCUGAUGGCUGGAUUACGGUGGGAAAGCAAGGAAAUAACUCUGGUUUUGAGCAAACAGAAGCUAAUAUUGGCAAAUUGGAGGACAAGAUCGAGCGGGGCAGAAAAAAGAAAGAGCUCAGUAACUUUUACACGUUUCAAAUACGAGAAUCUAAAAUGAAGAACAUUGUAGAGCUGCGAAAGAAAUUCGAAGAGGACAAAAAGAAAAUAGAAACUUUAAAGCAAACAAGACGAUUCAGACCGUUUUAAUUGUAUAUAUCCAUAUGUAGCAUAUAUUGCAUUGUCAUAAAUCCUAGUUGAAUACAAGAACUCGAAAUUCGAGUAUUAUUCCUCAUA